AUGCAUGCUGGGGACUCAGCGAACCGCAAGGUCCCCUACAUUGCUUUCGCAAAAACUCUUGAUUGCAUCGAGAAAACUUCAAGCCGCCUGAAAAUGAUUGGUGUCCUGUCUAAUUUAUUCCGUUGCGUAGGUAUCAACUCACCCAAAGAUUUAGCAAUGUGCAUCAACAUGUCCAUCAACAGACUCGGUCCUUCCUAUGAGGGUUUAGAGUUGGGAGCAAGCAUUGAUCGAAUCAAGUCGGAGCUUAAUCGUCUGGGAGAUCUUGGAGCCGUCGCUGAAGCUGUUCGCUCACGACAGCAAACUAUGUUCAAACCAAAAUCCUUGACUUUGCGACAGGUUUUUGGACGUCUAAAGGAAAUCGCUCUAUUGACAGGAAACGCGGCUCAGACGAAGAAGGUUAAACUUAUUCAAACUCUUCUCGUUGCCUGUCGCGAAUGUGAGGCUAAAUAUCUCAUUCGAUGCCUACAGGGCAAACUUCGGAUUGGUUUGGCUGAGCAAUCUGUGCUUGCGGCGUUAGGACAGGCUGUAGCAAUGACAUCCUUCCAUUCCAUUCAAGCCGUUUUAGCCGAUGGUCAACCCCUUUCUGUUGAUUUGCUGGACACGAGCCGAAAGCCUAUAGGUGGUCCUGAUGCCUGGAAACGACAUUGUGACGAGGUAAUCGGACGUGUGAAGCAGGCUUACGCCCAAUGCCCCAACUACGAGAAGAUUGUGGAAAGUCUCUUGGAGGACGGUCCAGAUAAUGUGCACAAGAGGUGUUGCAUUUCUCCGGGUAUUCCACUUCGACCGAUGCUCGCACAUCCCACACAUGGUGUUACUGAAGUCCUCAAGCGAUUCGAUCAGGCGGAUUUCACGUGUGAAUUUAAGUAUGACGGCGAGCGUGCUCAGAUCCACCUCUUGGCCGACAGCACCGUCCGAGUCUACUCUCGUAACCAGGAGAACAACACCUCGAAAUACCCCGACAUCGUUAAUAGUCUAGUCGCAAACGUCCUUAAAGGCGCUAAAUUGACCGCAGAGGCCUGCAAGCUGUUAGACUCUAUCGGCGAAUCCACCCCGCUAAUUGAAGGCACACCUGUGACCACUUUUAUUUUGGACAGCGAAGCUGUCGCUUGGGAUCGGGUUGCAGAGCAAAUUCUCCCCUUCCAAGUUCUCAGUACCCGAAAACGCAAGGAUGUGCAAGAGGGGGAUGUGAAGGUUUGCGUUUGCGUUUACGCAUUCGACCUUCUUUAUUUGAACGGGAUACCCCUCACAGAGCAGCCACUGCGACAACGGAGGGAGCUUCUUAGACUUGUAUUUCCUACAAUUCCCGGUCAAUUUAUGUUCGCCAACUCGUUAGACAGCUCCGACACGGAGGAAAUCAUUAAGUUCAUGGAUGAGUCAAUCAAAGGUAACUGUGAGGGCCUAAUGGUGAAAACGCUGGACCACGACGCCACUUACGAGAUCGCCAAAAGAUCAAGAAAUUGGCUCAAGCUGAAGAAAGACUAUCUUGAAGGCGUCGGAGACACCCUUGACCUGGUCGUGAUUGGUGGAUUUCAUGGCUCUGGAAAACGAACAGGCCGAUAUGGGGGAUUCCUCCUCGCUUGCUACAAUCCCGAUGACGAGGAAUACCAAACUAUUUGCAAGAUUGGAACAGGCCUAAAGGAUGAAGAUCUGGCGAAGCAUUCGGAUUUCCUCAAGAACUACAUCAUUCCAUCGGCUAAGACCUACUAUCAGUAUACCAAGAGUCUGGAGCCGGACCACUGGUUUGAGCCGAUUCAGGUUUGGGAAAUAAAGGCUGCGGAUAUCAGCAUUUCACCAGCCCACAAAGCAGCCGCGGGAAUGGCAAGUCGUUUUGCUCUAAUUUUGCCCGCCUUAUUCUCGGGAAGGCUACUGGGCUUUAAUUUGAUUAGUUUGGGGGGGGGUGACGCUGACCCGGAGAAGGGCCUUUCUCUGCGUUUUCCGCGUUUUCUGCGUGUCAGGGAUGACAAGAGGCCGGAGGAGGCCACGACAUCGGCGCAGGUGUACGACAUGUACUGCAACCAGGAGCAAGUAAAGAAUUCUGACAAGCAAGAGGAGAUUAACGAAGAGGACUUCUAUUGA